UGUUUGUACAGCUUGUUACAGUGAUACAGUGUACAGGCUAUCUGACGUUUCUCUUCCCCAUACAAACUAAGGAAGCUGAAGUCCGCCUCUUCUUCGCAACCUUCGCCUCAGACGCCAGAAUGUAACCGCUGCUGCACCAUUUAAGGUGGAACGGAAAAAUUAGAGCAAGAAGCUGUCGAAUGAGAGGCUGAAUUCAGCUUCCUUAAAAACUAGCCGUGCUAACUAAAUGUUAGCUAGCUAGCCAACGUAGACAGACCCCACAGACCAGCCAGCACUGAAAUUAGAAGUGAAUAUGGAUCCAUAGAAGCCUGGGGCUGAUGCUGGGUGCUUCAGGCAGGAACCAUGCAGCAGAAACGCAACAUCCAGAUCAUAGAAUGGGAGGACCUGGACAAGCGCAAGUUCUACUCUUUUGGAGUGUUCAUGACCAUGACCAUUCGUGCCACUGUCUAUCCAGCCAUGCUCAUCCGCACCAGGCUGCAGGUACAGAAAGGGAAAUCUCUCUAUACUGGGACCUAUGACGCCUUCCGGAAGAUCCUGCGAGCUGAGGGUGUGAGGGGCCUUUACAGGGGUUUCAUGGUCAACACAUUCACUCUCAUAUCUGGCCAGGCAUACAUCACUACAUAUGAACUGGUGAGGAAGUAUGUCUCCAACUACUCUAAGGAUAACACACUUAAGUCACUGGUAGCAGGAGGGUCGGCGUCACUAGUGGCCCAGAGCAUCACUGUGCCCAUAGAUGUGAUCUCGCAGCAGCUCAUGAUGCAGGGCCAAGGGGAACAUCUAACACGCUUCAAGGUCAAACCCAAAGCAUCAUCGGGAGCAAAGCACACAGUCACUUUUGGUCAGACCAGAGACAUUAUAGCUCAGAUUUUUGCGGCAGACGGGUUCCGUGGGUUUUACCGAGGAUAUGUGGCGUCUCUUCUCACAUACAUACCCAACAGUGCAGUCUGGUGGCCUUUUUACCACUUUUAUGCAGAACAGCUGUCCAAAAUGGCACCGAGUGACUGCCCACAUUUAAUACUCCAAGCCAUGGCUGGACCUCUGGCAGCUGCCACUGCCUCCACUGUCACCAAUCCAAUGGAUGUGGUUAGAGCGAGGGUUCAGGUCGAAGGCAGGACUUCAGUCAUUGAAACUUUCAAGCAGCUGAUCAGAGAAGAAGGAUUCUGGGGGAUGACCAAGGGCCUCUCUGCUCGCAUCAUAUCCUCCACUCCCACAGCAAUAGUCAUGGUCGUUGGUUAUGAAACCCUAAAAAAACUGAGCCUUCGUCCAGAGCUUGUGGAUUCCAGGCACUGGUAGAGCAGUUGUGUGUCUCUCCUCAGUGACUCCCUUUGUGCAUCUCAUCCGUUUCAGAUUUUGCCUUUCAACCUUGCUGCCUUUUGGCAUGUUUUUUGUGUCUUGGAGGUAUUUUAUAUUUGAUUUGUAGGGUAUAUUUUAUGGAUUAAUCUGAUAUCGCAAUAAUGGAAUACUGUAUUGGUUUUAUGUGGGGAAAUGCUGCUCAGGUUUGUGAGGAACUCGCAAAGUAUUUAAUCAGAAAAGAGGGAAAAUGUUAAUUUUACUGGUAUUUUAAGACUUUUAAUUUAUUUUUGUUACCGUCUAGGUAGUACUUCAGGUGUUUUUUCAAAUGCUGAAUCAUUUUCUUGGUUUCAUUGGGGCGGCAAAUAUAAUAUACAGCAAUCAGCUGUAACAUCAAAACCACCUCCUUGUACACUCGUUGUUUUUGUACACUUAUUGUCUGUUUUAUCAGCUCCAGUUACCAUAUAGGGGCACUUAGUACUUCUACAAUUACAGACUGUAGCACAUCUGUUUCUCUGCAUACUUUGUUAGCCCCCUUUUGCCGUGUUCUUUAAUGAUCAGAGCCUCCACAGGACCACCACAGAGCAGGUAUUAUUUCGCAGCACUGCAGUGACACUGACGUGGUGGUGGUGUGUUAGUUUGUGUUGCGCUGGUACGAGUGGAUCAGACACACCAGUGCUACUGGAGUUUUUAAACACUGUGUCCACUCACUGUCCACUAUGUCAGACACAGCUAUCUUGUUGGUCCACCCUGUGGAGUUAGGAACUUUAACUUUUAAGUUGCUGCACAGUUUGUGUUCCCCUAGUCCUUCAUCAGUGGUCACAGGAUGCUGCCUACAGGACGCUGUUGGCUGGAUGUUUUUGACUAUUCUCAGUCCAGCAGUGACACUGAGGUGUUUAAAAACUCCAGCAGCACUGCUGUGUCUGAUCCACUCAUACCAGCGCAACACACACUAACACACCACCUCCACGUCAGUACUGAGAAGAAUCCACCACCCAAAUAAUACAUGGUGUGUGGUGGACCUGUGGGGGUCCUGUUCAUUGAAUAACGGUGAAAGCUAGUUAAAAAAAAAAAAGUCAGUAGGAACAAGGAGGUGGUUCUAAUGUUGUGGCUGAUCAGUGUGUUUGUGUUUGUGUGUGUGGUUGUAUGUAAUUUCAUUUUAAGAUUAUUGCUAACGGUACCUGCUACCUGUUUCUGCCACUUUGCGUUCUGUGGUGCACUGGAUAAUUUGCUCCUUGAGAUUCUUCUGUAAGUGUCAUUUCCAAAUGUGUGAACAGUGUCUUUCAUUUCAUUUCAUUUAAGCCUCAUUUUGUUCUCUCCUGCUCUGAUGGGGAUUAAGUUGCCAAAGCUCAGUGGAAAAUGAUCAUGUGAUCAGCGAAAGCGUACAUGUUGCACAGGAUGUGUGAGGAAAAUAUGCAAUGUUGCCAGGUUGAGUAAAUGGAAACGUGUGGGAUUGUGAUUGUAUCUGAAUGCACUAAAUGUACAUCACCUUUGAAAAUGUCUCAGUCCUUGAGCUUAAAGAAACAGUUUAACGGUAUAACGGUUAUUAACAGUGUGACUCAUAUGGACGUCCUUUCUUCUAACCAGAACAUGCAGUGCACCUCCUUCAGUCAUUCCUGAGUAUCUAUGUAAUGUUCAGUUUCUCAAGGGCACAUGAGUAGAGAUUAGAGAUUCAGACUGUUGUAGCACUACUUCAUAUGGCCACUAGAGUGCAGAUGGACUGCACACUGGAGUUGUAAGCGGAGUUAAAGGGGAAUUCCACCAAUUUUUCAAGAUUUCUGCAUAAAGCAAGUUGUUGAGAUGUAAACACAUUCAGAGUGAUUUGAUGUGAAAUAAUGUACCUUGCUGACUCAGUGGCAGUAAUAGGAACACUAAGGUGUUCCCAACACAAAUGUUAUAUAAUAUUUUAUUCUGUCUAAAACCUGCAUAUGUCUUGGGUUUUUGUAUGUAAUGGGCCUAAUUUACCAACCGUCAUAUAUAACCGGCG